AUGGCCGUUGCCACUGUAGAAGUGAAGAAACGCGUAUACGGAACCCGUGGUGUGUUAUAAUAAAAAAAAGAAGGUAUUUUAAUGUGCUUUACGGUUAAUAUAACGAAUAAUUGGUAUAACAGGUACUUGUGGAUUGUGAUUAAUUGUAAAUAAUUGUGUGGUGAUGGUGAUUUAAUGGUUGGUGAAGUGUUGAGGAGUUGAAUGGAAAAAGGGGGAAAAAAAAGGCACCAACUUGGGCAACAACACACGGCUGGAAACGCGCGUUUAGCAAAGAGGAUUUCUAAAAAUAUUAUGACGAGAAUUAUGUCACCCGGAGAUACUAAUCACUGGAAUUGAGCCAAGGAGUUGAAUCAACCCACCUCAGACUAAAACAGAUCCCAUAAACCUACGGAAAAAGAAUAAACAAUGCAAGAGGUUGUGAUCGAGAUCUAAAGGAUCGAACAAUGUCAGCAAAUUAUUUUUCAGUUUUAGACUUAGGAUAGGCUUGGAGCCAUCGAAUUUAACUGGAAAUUUCAUCAACUGAAGCAUAAUUAUUCUGUGAUGAUAAAGUAAAAUAUGUAAAGGAAGAAGAAAUCGAAGAAGCCAAUGAUCACAACUGCAACUGCAAUCAAACGAUUCAUUGGUGAUAAUUUUGUUCUCAAUGGAUGAACGAUUGAUCCAGCACAAAGUGGAUAAGAAGAUGUGCAUUAUUGAUAAAUUCAUGACUGAAUCACCAGGAUUAUUGUUCCAGUAUUGCAAACAAUCACUGGGGAACGAUAAAAUGCUUGUUGAAUUAAGUUGUGGGGUGAAAAGGUAAAUUACAUGAAUGUCAGGAACAGGCGACGUGGGUCGCAGACGCGUUGAGUGGCGCCGUAGCGCAAACAUCCCAUCGUCUAUAGUAAUUAUCUCCUGUUGCACCUGAUUUUUAAAGAUACACAGUGUCAUAUAUCAAAAUAGAGUGAUGAUACGUUGAAAGACAGAUCCAAGAAUCAACAGAUCUCGAAGAAGUGAGACAGUGCAGAAACUGAUAAUAAAUAAUAACCAAUAAAAACUGCUAAGGUGGCUGGAAAGGUGGCUACCUAGGAUUACGAGGUGCUGCGUGGGCAUGCAGCAGCCUCAGACACGCCCUCUCCUCGGGGACUCUGUAUCCUCCACAACUUCCCCGACUGCAAGACGUAACAACCCUGUUGCUGUUUUAACUCAUCAGCAGCUCCAACAGCUCCAACAACUCCAAGCCCAAAACUCCUCGGGUCAGCCCCUGACAUUCGCCCUGCAACAAUCCCCAAACAACAAUGGUCAGGAGCAAACAUCAGUUGGAUCAACAACUGGAAUUGGAAAUAAUCACAUCGUAUACCUGAACCAACUGAGCCAAUUGAAUCAGAGUACGAUAACCCCAACAGGGACUGGUAUGGGCCUGCCCCCAGCCACCCCGACAUUCGGGGUGGGCCUGAACAUGGGAUUACCUUUAUCCCUUCUCAAUACCAGUCUGACAUCCCUCACCUCAAACGUCAUAACUACCUCCAAUCCACUGCUCAACAUCGGCAUACCCAGUAUCAAUUCAGCCCUGACAACAGUCAAUCCAACAACUCUGAACACCCUGAAUACCCUCAAUGCGCUCAACUCGAACCUCUCAUCCAACAGUAUUACAGCAAAUGGCCUGACUGGACUGAGCCAGGACAUGAAUACAGCCCUGAAUCGUCUCAACCAAUCAACCAUCAACAGCAGUCUCACCCAGAAUCAAUUCUCUACUAUUUCCACCAAUGACAAUCUCUCCAACAUCUCCAAUAUCUCAAACCUCACCAAUCUGACUAAUUUGAAUAAUCAAACAACGUCUAAUCUACCACCUCAGAGCCAUGGUAUCACCACGAGUGUCAAUCAAGCCUUCAACCGAGCCUCCUUGAAUGUUCUGGCCACUGGAAUUCCUACGAGCCUCAACUGCAGCACGAGCUUUCCCUUUCAAACAAUCCAGAGUAUCCAGAGCAUAGCUCCCCACAUUGUCAACACCAGUAUCUCCCAGAAUCAAAAUCCAACUCCAAUCCUGUCAACGUCCUCCCAGAUAAACAAUCAGCCACAAAUGUCGAAUCAGUCGACAGCCUCGACGACUCAGAGUUUGAGCUUCUCUGGGACAAUGAGCCAGUGCAAUUUAUCAACAUCACCAGCUGUCGUGUCGAUAUCCUCCAUUCAGACGGACUCCAUAAGUCCAAUCAAUACACCAGCUGGAUAUGGACAUGGUCAGAGCUUAUCUAGACAGUUCCAGGGACAGAAUUCAGUGGGACAGCAGGGAAAUACUGUUGUCAAGUGCAUACAGAAUGUCAACUCCCCUGGGAGUCCCUUCUCCAUUCCCAUGAAGAGUCCAGCAUCGAAUAUAGCACCACCAACACCGAGUCCAAGCCCCAACAGAAUAUUACUCCGGAGUCCAGCCUCGAACUCGAUGCAAUCGAGCAGAAAUAGCCCGAGUCCUGUGUCAAUGGUAAAUACGUCGAGCAGUGGUACUGGCACAACGACAACCGUCCAGCAGAAUUUCACCGUUCAACUCCAGAGUCCCAUGCAGAGUCCCAUGAGUGUUGGGCCCAUUCAGAGUCCAGCGCCGAGUCCUUAUCCACCAGCUAAGAGUCCUCAUCUUCAGGGUGUUGGAGGACAGAUAACUGGGGGAAUGACUGGCAAUUUGAAUAACAGGAGUCCAGCACCUGGUGGCAGUCCUGGACCCAGUCCAGUUCGUCCAAAUACUCCGAUUCUUCAGCAGGGGAUGCAGGUAUUGCAGAUCAUUGGUACACCACAGUAUCAGCAGACUUCGUCCCAGCUCGUUACGAGGGCUGCGUUGUUUGGUAAUCAGCAGAUUCAGAUUGCACAGACUAAAGCUGCUAAACAACCACCUCAGAUACUUCCCAAACCACCCAAUAGUCAGGGGGUGGCAACACCACCCAAGCAGAGGGUUGCUACCAGCAUUACUAAUCAGGUGACACAACAGACACAACCGCAAUUAGUCCUCGCUGGACCACAUCAGAAUCAAACAGCAACGAUGAUACCCACAGCUCAAGGAUUAUUACUGAAUCAGGUACUACCUUCAACGGGUCCUGUGAUUGUUCAACAACAGCCCGGCGGCGUUCAACUAAUACUCAGGACACCAACAAAUGCCCAACAACAAACGCAUACCGCACAGCUGACGCAGCAGCAACUCGUGAGGGUGGUAACAGCCCAGGGUAUGCAGUUGCAGGGUAUCACUCCUACAUUUUUCGCUGUUCCAAAUGGUUUUCCACCACCGGCUCCACCUGUUAUGAGGCAUACACCAUCGAGUCCGGCACCUGGAAAUCCACCCACGAACAACCAAAUAGUCAUUCAGAACGCAAUGGUCCAGUCCCCCCAAUCUCACCUGAACAAUCAACCACCCACUCCAUCCCCAAAUCACAUAACAACGAAUCAAUCGUCGGUGACUGAUCAGAAUCUCCUGCCACCGCCGAAGAAAAAAGCAAAAAAGAAGAAGAAAGCCAAGAAAAAGGAUGAAGAGCCCCCGAAGCUCGAUCUAGCCAGCAUAAUGAAGAUCUCAGGAAUAGGUGACGAGGACGACAUGUUCGACACAGAUGUCAUGCCUGAUCCUGAGCCCCAGCCCCACCCGCCACCCCUCCAGCACAUAGAGCAGCCUCAACUCUCCCAGAUGAGUGUUCAACACCUGGAGCACAAUCCUCCCCUGUCAACCCCCCAGAAUCAUCCCCAAAAUCUUCCCCAGCCUCAGAACUUGCCUCCAGCCUGUCCCAAUCAGGAUCAAAACAAUCAACUAGUCGCUCAUCUCCAUAUGCCAGUUCAGAAUACAAUCUCUGGACAUUUGAGAUUAGCUGUUGGUGAAGAUGGUCGAGUUAUUCUCCAUCACACACCGGAUCCCAAUCAGCCUGAGAUCGAUCAGGCAACAGCCCAAGCACUGAUAAGAUCACUGACUCAAGGUGGUGGACAAAAUUCACAAAUAAUCUCACAACUUCUCGGCCAUGCCCAGAAUUUACAGCAGAAUCAGCAGAAUCAACAGCAGACUGUCAAUGCACCUCGUGGGAAAACUGGAUUAAAGCAACAACAGCAAUCAUCUGGCAAUCAAACAUCAACUCAGAUAAACUCAUCGUCUCCAGGUAUUCAUAAUCCUGGAAUGAUGCCGGUCUGCUCAAAGCCGACGUUCUCCCAACAGCAGAGUAAUUCAAACAUUCCUGGAACAAGAACAGUAGGAUCUUCUGUGGCAUCGAGCCCUGGAGUUUCACCAGCCCCGAAGACUCUCCAGCAGCUUCAAAAUCCUGGAAUUCAAAUAUCAAUCGGUGCAGACCAGAAAUCGAAGAACGACCACAUUAAGGCACCCCCGAAGUCCCACACCUGCAAAAAGGUAUUCAUGCAGAAUCAGACAGCCCAAAGACAACCCACAAAAACUCAAUCAUCAAAUGUUAAACAGACUGGUAGUGUAAUAAACAACAGAGCCGUCCAACAGCAAAUUAUCAAGAGUCCACCGGUUCAACAGCAGCCAAGAGCUCAGUUGGAUCAGAAUAACGAGCAGAUAAAUCAACAGAACAUCCACCAGAUAUCGACCCAAACGGUGCAGUCAUUGAACGUCCAGCGUUGCUUGGAGCAGAGUGUUCACAAGAUAACAGUAUCAGGUCUCCAGCAAAAUUCUCUCAACAUUCUGGGUUCUAAUCCAUCAAUUCCCGAGUCCCUUGGACACAAUUUGGAGCAGAAUCUGAUUCAUGGAUACGUGGAGGGUCCCAGUCCAGGCAAUUGUCCCCAGCAAGAGGAUAUUCAACCCUCAACCCCAACUCUCAAUCUUCAUCAUCCAAAAAUAUCCCAGAAUAAACCCCAAAACGUGAUAUUCUCGAGUGAUUUCCCCACACCAAUCAACAACACUGUAAUAAAUACGAGUGCAGGUCAAACAACGAAGCAACAAAUUCAAAAUCCAGAAGUGCUCAAUUCCGCAGCAACGAAUAUUCUGAAUAAUGCCCCAAAAAUAACACCUGAGAUUCUGAAUGCUCUGAGCAAUUUAAAUCCAAAUGAUCAGCUGUUGAUUGCCAAUGCCAAUGGACAGAUGCAGGUGAUAAGUCAGCAGCUCCUUCAACAGCUGUUGACAGGACAGCUGAAUGCCCAGCGUAAUCUAAAUCAGAAUCAGAAUCAGACCCAGAAAAUAGUAAUCGGUGAGGCUGACGCCUCGAGCUCUCAGGGGCUUCCUGGUGUCCAAAUAAAUACCCCCACGAGUCAGAUAAUCGUCAACAGUUCAGGUGGUGCUCCAACGAUACAGAAUAAUAUUCAGAAUAUCGUUGUCCAGGCGGCGCCGAAUCAGAUGCCCCAUCAGAUACAAAUCCAGAAUCAAGCGUUUCCCAGUCAGUUUAUUGAUAAUUUGAAUCAACAGCAGAUCAGAAAUCUAUCGAGUGGUAAUAAAACAACAGUGACAACCAGUGGUAGUGCCCCAGUGACUCACUUGUCUCAGUCCAAUCAGAUAAAUCAAACCCACGUGAAUCCCAUCAACGCAUCGACAACAACAACAACAACUAAAAAAGCUAAAGUUGUAAAACGAACAAAGGUGACAGUGUCAUUGCCACAGACUAGUUACACCCAGGGUGUGAAAACAGCUCGAACAUCAGUAUCAACGAGUACACCGACACAACAAGUGAUCAAGGACCCACAAAAUCCCUCCACAAAUACCAAGGUCGAGCCUGGACAACUCGGAAUAUCCAGUAGAGUCGUUACAUCUGGAAUUCAAACAGUUGGAAUUCAAACGCAGGGUAAUCAGACGACUCAGGUGCCCUCCAAUGGCCAGAUGGUCCAGAGAACACCGAGAUACAUCCAGCUACCAGUGCAGAAACAGCAGAUGCUCAAGAGUAUCCAGACACAGAUUCAGAGUAUCUCCAGUAGAAAGACCAAUACUCCAGCUGAGCAGGCACUUCUAGCUAAACUCUAUCAGGAGCACAACAAAAUUGUUGCCAGUGGUAAAGUCGUGUCAGCCCCAUCUCUGACGAUUCCCACACCCUCGGAGACAACUACCAAUGCCAGUAUCUCAUCACCGACGGUAUUCACAGUGUCUCAUCCCCUGAAUUCAUCGACAGUCACAAAAAAUCAAACGUCAACAGCUCAGACACAGACGAUGACACCAGCUGUUGUCACAACAUCGUGCUCAGUUGUUACCACGAGUGUUGUGACAAGUGCCAGUAUGCCAAUUGUCUCAGACCCAGUGGUCACCAAGAUGGAGCCUGUUAAGGGUGGAAUUGAUCCCAGUAUGCCCUCCAUUCACACUUGUCCAUUCAGCAAGAGUAAACCGAUGGAACUACCCAAAUUUCAUUCACCAGUCAAGGUUUAUCAGUCCACCAUCCAGGGAACUCCUCCUGUUUCUUGCUCGCAGCAUAAUCAGGCGCAGCAGUCAACUCAGUGUCAAACAGAUCCAUCUGAUGUUAAACCGAUAAUUCAGGGAAUGAUUAGUCCUAUUAAACAGGAAUUACCACCACCGAUUAGUGUCCAGGUUCAGUCAACUUCACCUGCUGGUCAGGUGAUACCAUCAUCACCGAGAAUAUCUGGAAAGGGACCCAGAAUUCAGAGCCCUGUCAAUGUGGGACAGAUAAAGCCGGCGCCUGCCAGUCCCAGCACCAGUUCUGCUCCAGUCGUCAGUCAGACACCUAGGCAGGGAGUUAAGAGGCCAGCCACUAGUCCAAUAUCCAGGCAGAUAAAUAGGGGAGAUCUCAUGGAGCAACAACUCAAGAUUGAUCAGAAUGGAGCGGUUAAUCCUGAUGUUAAUACACCAUUUGGUGGUAAGAGGGACGCCUGCAAGAGACUGGUUAGGUAUCAUUGCUUUAAUGAGCAGGUGCUAAGUGCCAAGGAUCUCGCUAAGGCCGAUGAGAUCUUCGAGGAGACUGCUAAACAUCUACUAAGCAAGUUCAAUUCGAUGAUGAAUAAGUAUACGUAUCUGCUGCUGAUGGAGAGUAUGAGGGAAGUCAGGACGUCUGAGCUCAUGAUGCUUGACAGGACAUUUGUGUCUGAGGAGCAGGGCAUGUUGGAUAGGUUGAGGGAGCAAGAAGCUAAAGCCAGUGAAGAGUUCAAGAAAGAAGAGAAACCCCUUCUUCCAAAGCUGGAGGCAGACCUCACCGACGAAGAGAAGACCUCGACGAGCUUGGCGAAUGUCCUGGUGAAGCAAGAGCUUGAGGAUGAUUUCUGCAGUAUGGAUCCUCACUCGAGUGAUGCCCAGAUGAGAUUAAAAUCCUCUAGCUGCACCAGUGGUGAUUACGACGAGUGGCUGGAGAUCCAGAAGGAGCUUGGUGUAUAUCCAGGUGACACUGGCAAGUGUAAAAAUCCAGGCAGUAGUGGAGCUAGUGGUAGUAGUGCUAAUGGUGCUUGUUUAUCAACGAAAUCAUUGACAAAAUGUGAAAGAACGCGAGCCAAUGGUGAUUGUCGUUUAAGUGCAAGUGUCAGUCAAAGUACAAUGAAAAAUCUAUUUGAUACAAGUGAUACUGGUCCAAUGGAGUUGGAUAAACGUUGGUGCAGUGCUGCAUUGAGGGAUGAUCUCGAGAGAGAUCUCAUUGAGGAUACUGAUAGUCUCGAUGAUUUGGCACUACAGUCACAAUUACCAGGUACUUCACUCCAGGAUAAUGAACAGGGACAAGGAUUGAUUAAUGAUCAUGAUGACAUAACAGCACAGGUACAGUCAGCCAUUGAUAGUAUUCUUAAUUUGAAAAAGAGACCGUCAAAUGCUAGUGCUGUUAGCACACAGGUUAGUGGUACAACUAGUGCAGGAACGACACAAACAUCGGGUAAUAGUAGUGAUUCGAAAGACUCUGUGCUUGAUCAGGCUGUUAGAAGUAUACUGGGCUCGUGACCCUCAUCUAAUAAAGUAUUUUAAAACCUUAAUAACUAAAAUCGAUAAAGUAUAAUGUGUAAAUCAGUUUUCUCAUUUUUGUUUUUAUCUGGAUUUCUUUCAAUCCAAGUUUCUUUAACUCUUUCUAUAUCUCUUUUUCGUUUUUCUGUGGACUUAUCACUGUCCCUUUUUUUUUCAAUGCCAAUGUCUUUCAGAUGAAGUGAUGUUGAAUGUAAUGAGUGCAGUUCGAGGUCUAGGGUGUUUGGGGAAAUUAUGGGAAAAAUUGAUUUUCCUUUUUUCAUGCUGAUUAAAUUAUUUCAUUGUCUCAGUAAUGAGUAGCAGGGGAAAGUGUCAAAUGACACUUUCUCCGUGGACGACUCGUUAUUGGGACAAUUUACGGAAUUAUUAUUGUAUUUAUACAAAUUCAACGGUCAUCUUUCAAUCAUGAAUGACGGAAGAAAAUUAUGAAAAAGAGAUACUGAGAGAGAAAUGGAUAAUUAUGAUGAUUAAGCCAUCGUGUAAUUUUAUGAUUUUAAAUGAAAAGAAUGUACAUGUGGUUUGGUAGAUGAAUUGACACGGCCAGAUAUUAUAAUCUGCAAGUUUGUAAUGUAAUUUUGUAAAAAGGAAAUUAUUUAAAAGGAAAUGAUGAAAAAAAAAACACGUAAUGAUGAUGAAAAAAAAAGAAUGAUUUAUUCCCCGUUUGGCUGUAAUUCCAAUCAGAGAAUUUUACGGGUGGUAAUCCAACAAUUAAGUGAAACAAUUGUAAAUAUUAAUUUUUAAGGUGUAUUAUUAAUUAUUACAAUUAUUAUAAUUAUUAUAUUAAUAUUAUAUCAUUAUAUUUUAAUUAUUACGACAUAUAACUGAGAUAAUAUUUCCUUGGAUUUAUUAUGGCAACUAAAAAAAUGGAAAACAAUAGGAUUAUUCAAUUGUCAAUGGGAUGCAUCGUAUUUAUGGAUCCUUUACUCUGUUCGGGAAUUCAAUAGUGAAAUGGUGGAGAAUCAAAUUAAUUUUUUUUGCGGGAAUUUUUUAAAUGGGGAGUUACUCUAUAUUUUUUAUUUGUUGUUUCAAUUGGUGAUUUUUGGUGAUUUUUUUUUUCUAUUUUAUGCGACGAGUUGUUGAAAUAGAUACGAGAAAAAUAUAUUGAAUUUAAUAAACGAUUCUUCAUCAUUUCUUGUCUGAAUUCCUCGAGGGAGGGGGAGUGAAAUUAUUUAAUUAAUCACGAGUGAGAUAAAAACGUGACAAAGAAACGAAACAAAGGGGACCCCUCAUUGGUAACUGCAAAUCUUCGUUAGUUAAUUAUUUGAAAAAAUGGAGAACAGAAACAGAAUGUUGAAAGGAAAAGCCACAGUUUUAUUUUAUAUCCAUUAUCUACUAACAAUAAUGACAUAUGUAAUUUGUUUAAUCAGUGAUGAAGGCACAGUCUGAAUUUUAAACUGAUAAUCAAAGAAGGAAAAACAACAAUUUUUUUAUCUAGAUUUAAAAGGAAAAAAAAAACAAAACUCAAUGAAACACAAAAUCUACUUUUUUUGGGCAUCAAUUUUAGACGACAAUAGAUUGUAUUUAGAUAGUUUUUCGGUGCGUUGAGAGAAUUUGCCUGCGGCGAAAGGAUUGUGCAUAAUACUUGAACAUAAUUUAUUGAUAAAAAUUAUUUAUUGAAGAUAUGCUAAUGAAGGAAUUUAUCGAAUUAAUUAGGUUAAUACGAGGCAUCACGUACAUCCACCAAUCAUUCAAAAUUAUCCAUUGAAUGAUAAAAAAUUGUGGAUUUUUAAUGAACAGUUGUGGAAAUCAAUGGAUUUUUAAUUAAAAUUUUACAUGUCAUAGUUUUUUCGAGAAAGUCCUGCACAUUUUAUGAAGCUGGUGAUUUUAAAUGGCAACAAUCAUAUCAAUUGUUCGAAUUUGAGAACAAACGAACCUGAAAUGACAAUGAUAACGAUUUAUUCGGAUAAAUGGAGUCGUUAAUUCAAGUAUUUCCAUGAUAAAUCCUUUCAUCGUACGAAUCUCUCGAAUUUCAAACAAAAACCCCUUUUUAUCGUUCGCUCUGUACAAUACGGUACAUAUUAAAAACAACAGAGAAUGUAUGUUAAACAGAUGAUGUAUUUUUUUUUCUUUUUUCUUGGCAAACUUAAAAAAAAAAACAAAAAAAAACAAAUUGAAGACUGACAAUUAUACAGACAAAAGAAAAAUAAAACGUGCAGAACUAUGAAUUAAAUUGUAAUAUGAUUAAAAGGAAAGCAAGUAAUUGAUGAUUUGUAAAUAAUAUUUAAUUGCACACCUGAAUGGAAGAAAUGGCAAACGCGACUUAAUUCUAACAAUGCUCUUAGAGACUUUUGAGAGAUAUUAAAAAAUAUAUAUGAUUGAAGUUCUGUCGUUCCUAAUAAAUUGCCGACAUUUUGCCAGUGUA